CACCACCCCCACCGCCUCUCUCCGUGGGUCCCCGUUACACCGCUGUGGAGGAAACGCGACAGGCCGGGGGAACAAAGCGGACGGACGGGCCAAGCUUCGUGUUGGCGAGGUUGUAACGGGAUUUACAACAACAACAACAAAAUGACGUUUUAGCAGCAGCAACAAAACCCCGCUCUCGAUACUCGGUGGAGUUAGUGAGAAGUCUUAUCUUCCACUUAUCUUCCCUGUGCGUAAAGCGCAAAGAAUAAACCGCGUUCAUCCGUAAAUCUGAGCGCUCAGCAAAACGGAGCGGGCGGGCCGACGACGUCGUCGUUCCGUCUCUUAAAUCGCGACAGGAAAAACACAAACACACAGGCGACACAAACACACAGGCGACACAAACACACAGGCGACACAAACACACAGGCGGCAACAACAGCAGCAGCAACAGCAGCAACAACCCAGGCGGACAAAGAUAAACGGAGGAAGAACAAGAACCUUUCGUGGAAGAGAGAAAGAGGAAAGCUGGCUGCGGCGAACGACAACGCAAAUCACGCAAGCGGCAGCCACGGGAGACGCGAAGUUAAAGCCACAACCACAACAACCACAACCACAACAACCCCACGCGGCUAGACGUUUCGGCGACGCCGCUUCCCCAACUUUCGCAUGCAUCUAUGAGAAAAUCGGGGAAAAGCAAAAGCUCCGCCAAGAUGGGAAACGCGGGCAGCAUGGAGCCGGCUCACGCCGCCGCCGCCGCCGCCGAGGCGAGGGCGCACAGCAUGCCCCUCAAGCUGCCCAUGCCGGACCCCGGAGAGCUGGAGGAGAGGUUCACCGUCGUGCUGAAUUCCAUGAAUCUACCACCCGACAAAGCCAGAUUGCUACGGCAAUAUGAUGCUGAAAAGAAAUGGGAACUAAUUUGUGACCAGGAGCGUUUCCAAGUAAAGAACCCUCCACACACGUACAUACAGAAGCUGAAGAGCUACCUGGACCCAGGCGUGACUAGAAAGUGUACCUUGUUGGGAUGCGUGUUCUUGCCCCUGCAGAAGCUGAGGAGGCGCGUGCAGGAGUCGACACAGGUGCUGCGAGAGCUGGAGAUUUCUCUGCGCACCAAUCACAUCGGCUGGGUGCGGGAAUUCUUGAACGAAGAGAACAAAGGACUGGACGUGCUGAUAGAAUACUUGUCAUUUGCGCAAUACGCCGUCACGUUUGACAUUGAAGGUGCAGAAGGUGCUGGCAAUGGCACGCUCAGCCGGUCCAAGUCUCUGGAUCGAUCCAUUGAGGACCUCUCCGGCAAGAAUAACGGGCUGCAUGCGGCUGUGUGUACCACCACGGCCAAGAUGGCUCGCCACCACCUCAGCCUCCGACGGGGGAACAUCACUGAGAGUGAUGGUUAUAACAGCCUGCCCAGCCGCAAGACGCUCAAGAACUCACGACUGGUCAGCCAAAAGGACGAUGUCCACGUGUGCAUCAUGUGCCUGCGGGCCAUCAUGAACUACCAGUAUGGGUUCAACAUGGUGAUGGCACACCCUCAGUGCGUUAAUGAAAUUGCUCUCAGCUUGAACAACAAAAACCCAAGGACUAAAGCGCUGGUGCUGGAGCUUUUGGCAGCUGUGUGUUUGGUGCGGGGAGGACAUGAAAUCAUCCUGUCUGCCUUUGACAACUUCAAGGAGGUGUGUGGCGAGAAACAACGGUUUGAAAGGUUGAUGGAGUAUUUCAGAAAUGAAGACUCAAACAUCGACUUCAUGGUGGCCUGUAUGCAGUUCAUCAACAUUGUGGUGCACUCCGUGGAUGAUAUGAAUUUCCGGGUCCAUCUCCAGUACGAGUUCACAAAGUUGGCUCUGGACAGCUACCUGGAGAAAUUAAAGCACACGGAGAGUGACAAGCUGCAGGUGCAGAUCCAGGCUUAUCUGGACAAUGUGUUUGAUGUGGGAGCCCUUCUGGAGGACGCCGAGACCAAGAACGCUGCCCUGGAGCGGGUUGAGGAGCUGGAGGAGCACAUUUCGCACUUGACAGAAAAGCUGAUCGAUUGUGAGAAUGAGGCCAUGGCCAAGAUUGUGGAGCUGGAGAAGCAGCUGAUGCAGGCUAAUAAGGAGUUGGAGUCGAUCAAGGUGAUCUACCGCGAUGCCAACACGCAGGUGAACACGCUGCGGAUGAUGAUCAAGGAGAAGGAGGACGCCAUGCUGCGGCAGUCGGACCUUGAGAAGAAAAUCGAGGAGCUCGAGAGGCAGGGCACCGUGCGCAUCCACAGACGCCCGGACGGGGACAUCAUGAUCCUGCCCGUGUUGCCGCCCCUCGGGGCCAUGGAGGGUGGAAUCGGCGGCGGCUCGUUCGAGAACGGCCUGGCUGGGGGGGGCGCCUUUGGGGUCACGGGGGUGGCAGCGGCGACGUGCGGCGCUACGGGAGGAGCGGCGUUAAUCGGACACAUGGGACCGCUGGCCCCGCCUCCUCCGCCACCGCCGCCCCCGCUGCCGAAUGGAGCCGUUCCAAAUGGGCCAUCUCCACCAUCGCCACCGCCGCCACCGCCCCUCCCCUCAGGGAGGCCCCCGCCGUCACCUCCUCCCCCGCCUCCCCCCGGAGCCCCACCACUGGGUGCCUUCAUCAACCCAGCUGCUAUCGGAGAUGAAGGACUUCUCAAACUUUUCUCUGUGCGAAUUAAGAAGCCAAUCAAAACCAAGUUUCGCAUGCCUGUGUUCAAUUGGGUGGCUCUUAAACCCAACCAAAUAAAUGGCACCGUCUUCAAUGAAUUGGAUGACGAAAAAAUUCUGGAGGAGCUGGACAUGGAUGAGUUUGAGGAGAUGUUUAAGACCCGGGCACAGGGAGCCACAGUGGAUCUGUGCCUCUCCAAGAUAAAGAUGGUGCACAAGACGCAGAACAAGGUCACACUGCUGGAGACAAACCGUGCCAAGAACCUGGCUAUCACCCUGCGGAAAGGUGGCCUUACCACCGAAGAGAUCUGCCGGGCCAUACAAAUGUUUGACCUGCAGACACUGCGGCUGGACUUUGUGGAGUGCCUGACGAGGUUCCUCCCAUCGGAGGCUGAGGUGAAGCUGCUGCGUCAGUAUGAGCGAGAGCGCAAGCCGUUGGACGAGCUGGCAGACGAGGACCGCUUCAUGCUACAGUUCAGCAAGAUCGAGCGCCUCACGCAGCGCAUGACCAUCAUGAUCUUCAUCGGAAACUUCACCGAGAACGUACAGAUGCUCACUCCACAACUCAAUGCAAUAAUAGCAGCAUCCAUGUCAAUUAAGUCUUCUCACAAAAUAAAAAAGAUAUUGGAGAUAAUCUUGGCCUUUGGAAACUACAUGAACAGCAGCAAGAGAGGUGCUGUGUAUGGCUUUAAGCUCCAGAGCUUGGAUCUGCUGAUCGAGACGAAAUCAACUGACAGGAAACUGACCUUGCUGCACUACAUUUCCAACAUCGUGCAGCACAAGUACCCAGACCUGGUCACUUUCUACAAUGAGCUGCGCUACAUCGAGAAAGCUGCCGCAGUGUCGAUGGAGAACGUCCUGCAGGACGUGCGGGAGCUGCAGCGCGGCAUGGACCUGACCAAGCGCGAGUUCAGCAUGCACGAGAGCAACACCCUUCUGCGUGAGUUCCUGGCGCCCAGCGAGGCCCGGCUGGAAAGGCUGCUCAGCGACACCAAGACCGCGCAGGAGGCGUACAACACCGUGGUGCAGUACUUUGGGGAAAACCCCAAGACGACUCCCCCGUCUGUGUUCUUCCCACUCUUAGUAAGAUUUGUGAAGGCGUACAAGCAAGCCGAGCUUGAUAAUGAGAUGAAGCGAAGGCAGGAGGAGGCCCUCAAGGAAAAGCAGGAGGAGGAAGCCGCAGCGUUGCUGGCGGCUCAAAAGCUGUCUCCAUCGCACCGUAACCGGCGUCAACAGCAGGAGCUGAUAGCCGAGCUGAAGAAGAAGCAGGUGAAGGAGCGAAUGGUUUACGAGGGCAAAGAUGGAGCCAUUGAGGACAUCAUCACAGUGCUGAAGAGCGUCCCCUUUACUGCCCGGUCGGCUAAGCGCUGCUCGCGCCUCUUCUGCGAGAACACAUCUGCGAGCGAGGAGUCCCACGCCUAAAACUGCUUUAGGACACCCUUUCCCAGCUUUUAACAAGAUCUGAGAAACCAGCCGUACCGGCGCGCAGACGCUGUCCGCCGGAGCGUGAGACGGCGCUACGAUGAGCAGAGCGGCCGCUGGGCCAACAGCGGCGAGAUCGCGCUGUGAACCGAACGCGCCUCUUGCGCCGCUCACGUCCUGCCCUGAACGCCGCCGGCACCACCCCCCCCUCUCUCUCUCUCCCGGUGGCAGGAUGCUUUGCUUGAGCACCGCAUGUGCUGUAGACACAACAGCUGCCGUACAUUAUAGUGGUGACUGAUAUCAAUUCCUGGACUCUCGAGAUUUGGGUGGGAGACGGCACUAAAACAAUAUAAUGUUGAACCAGAUUCUUAAUGGCCACAAGCUUUGUUUUUUCUCGAACUUUUUUUUAAAAAACACCGCAGACCUAAUCAUUGAAAAUUACAGUGAUGCAGUUUACUGGAGGCCUAAGUGGUUUAAUUCAUGUUCGUACUCUAAUGAGCUUUCUUUAAUGACGUUUGAUUUACUUUUAAAUCACUUCUGUAUUUUCUGGUGUAUAAUUGAAUCAGGUAACUUGUACUGUACUUGUCAUUGUUACCAUAACAGGAACAUAAAGUGCCUAAUAUUAAGUCGUAUCCUUUUGGGGAGAAAUUUUAAGGAGAACAAAAAUGAAAUUGUGUCAAGUCUAAACUGGGUUGUGACUGAAAAAUUGUGCUAUUAAAAUGGGCAUCAUGGCAUGCUUCUAAGCAUUGGGUAUGUGCAUACUACGUGAAUGAAUCUGUCAUGUUGUAAGACUGUCUGAUGGGAGUGCAGACACGUUACAGUGAAGUUGGAAAUUCAAAAUGUUCAAAAUAACAACUUAAAACUUUGUAAAUAUACAUGAUUCUAGGUGCUAGUAAACCAAGGAACGUUAAUGCUGAAUCCGUUUCCUUUUAUCGAGAGGAAUUGGUAAAAACAAUAUUUUUUGAGACACAUACGAAUUGAGUCUUAUAUUAUCGUGCACUUAAAAGCCCAGAAUCACAAAAUCAGUUUAAAUCAAAGAUGUACUCAGCAGCCAAAUUAACAGUCAACUGAUCUACCAAAACAUGGCAUGGGAUAGGAAUGGGAAUUCACACGAUGGGACCAGGAGGAAAUGGGCACUACACCAACUCGCAAACAACGCAACGAGAGACAGUGCAGUCCAGACAUUUGCAGCCUAUUCACACUUUCAACACACUUUUCAUAAAGGGACAGGAUGAACUCAAAUACAUUACCCAUAAACUUUCUCGUUUUUAGAUAUCGACCAUAGGUGUUAAAAAAAUGCAAUAUUACAUAUUUACAAAGUAAAUGUAAAAGCCGGUGCACAACGCAGAUGUUUGUAACUAUGUACGCAUUAGCUGGUCUUGACCGAUGUUGUCUUAAUUGUUACGUAGCUUAUACGAUGCUAUUUAUGCAACCACACCUUCUCAGUAAUGAUCAUAUAUGAGACUUUUUUUGAAUGGUCAUUUCUUUUGUAACAUUGUUAGGAUUAUUAUGUCUAACAUUGUUGCGUUGACGUACUGGAAUUCUUUUUUAAAACCCCCCCGACAAAUGUAAAAUGAUCUUUAAAAUGUGUAGAUGAAUAUUUGGUCAAUCCAGUAAUUGACAGGGUUAACGUUUACUGGUCAUUAAUCACUAUUGGAGCACAAGAUAAGCAAGUAAUAGAAAUCUUAAUGCCUUUUUAUAUUACCAUUUAAAGCUAAGGGCAUCUGUGAUUAACCUUUCCGAGGCCACAUGUUACUGGCUCUGGCAUUUAAUUACAUUUUAAAAGUUAUCGCUUAUUUCAGUUCCUCUAUUUUUAACCGUCAAAACUUUUCCCGGCCCUUUAUCCCCAACAGAGCUAAAGGGGUAAAAGUGUGUUUGGAGAGCAUGUCCACGCAAAAGUGGGUUCGCUUUGUCAGGAUGUGGUUAAUAAAGGACCCAACAUCAUUAAACCAUGGGCCUGGGUGGAGCUAAAGGGGGGGGGCGGCCCUAAUUUCGCAACUUGACCAUUGCUUUGCUUUGGCUCGCCCUGUGCCAUGUCUCGAGAUUUGGCACCGUGUUGUGAACAUUUUCUGUUCGCAGAGCAGCCGUUGCUGUAAAUACUGUAUUGUCAGUGUUGCGCUACGAUAGCUUACACGCUGUAGUUAGGAUGCUAAAGUGAUAGCCAACAACCUCUCUUAAGUAAAACAAAAACUACGAAUAUGAACUGUAUAAUAAGGCUUUGUAAAUGCUCUUACUUUUUGCUUUCGUCAUUUUUUAAGUGUAGCAACAACAAAAAAGUUAAGACUGUUACAUUUUUUUAGUAUUCUGUUUGAUGUUUAACUUCUAAAAAUUAUUUAAGUACAGACACUCCCAUCAGUAGUGGUCAUAGACGUUGGCCUCUGUACCAUUUUAUUGACAGUAAAAAGCCAGCUAUUGAAAAUAUGGAGAAUUUGUAAAUCAACGCAGUUGCGGCAAAAAUAGGUAAAAUUCAUGUUUUAAAUGUAAAAAAUAUCUAAACCUUAUUUACUUAUGAAAAAUGCAGUAGGUGAGUGACGAAGGCUAAGUUUGGAAAUGUGUAUCUCUUUUCCUUUUGUCACUUGUGCAAUUAGGUAAGACUGGCAUUUUCCUGUACACGGGGAAGUUGUGCGUGUAACUCACAGGAGAUUCUAGCGCUAACAGUGAGUGAUAGAAAAAAAAACGGACGUGCCACUUUGCGUACCAUUCCGAACGACUGCUUGUCCUUGCACUUUUGCAACACCUAUCUUUCUCUCUAGUUGGAGCUUUUAGUGAAACGGCAAAAAUGCAGAGACAUCUGCAUGUGUAUUUUAUGACUAUUAUUUUCAAGGUUGCUCCUGAGUUACGGUGCCCAGGCCAUUGCAGCGCGUCGUUCUUGCGGAACUAACUCAAAAGUCAUAAAAAUUGCUGUAGUUUUUGACCACUGUUUGGAAAGUUAUGUGUGAUGCAGUAACUCAAACUUGUGACGAGCUGGCCUGGGUUCUCUUUGCGUUUCUGCUGUCGCCAUGAAAUAAACAGCUCUUUUGUGCCCUAUUU